AUGUCGUGUGAAGAUAUUCGAAGUCGAGUGAUCGGUACGAUGCCUCGACCUAUUCUCAACUAUUCCAUCGCUUUUGCCAAAGACGUUCAUACGGACUACGAAUUCCUUGAGCUGGCCCUCGCCACGACGUACAGCCCCGAGAAUCACUACUGCUUCUCCAUCGAUUCAAAAUCGAAGCCCGAAUUCCAACGGCACUUCCGGAUGCUAGCCAGCUGCCUGCCGAAUGUGUAUGUGCCACCGGAGAAAAGGAGCAUGACAUCUGCUGGAGGUUUCGUUAAUCGAGCCCAUUUGGAUUGUCUCGAGGUGUUGAUCGAGCAGCCCGGAUGGGAAUAUGUCAUUUUGCAACAGACCUACGAUUUCCUGGCCCAUUCGAAUGAGGAGUUGAUGAUGAUGUUAAAGACAGUCCCCACACGGCGGCACAAAGGAAGGCGGCCAAGCUUGAAUUCGGAAAGGGAAUUCAAGAACCUCUAUUCAAAAAGGGUUUCCCUGAGACUC